GGCCGCCGAUAAGAUGAAGUCACGUGACUGUCCAUCCCGUCAUAAGGUGCCCGACGAGACAACACACACUAGGCCUACACAUCCGUGUACCACUUCAUCACGACGUCAAGACGAGCAGAAGGAGAACCGCCAUUACAAGACGCUCAUCUCGCAGACGUCAGACAUGUCCGGGGCAGACGCGAGUAUUAAAGAAGCUCCAGAUUUUGCCGAGGUGAUGAAGGCCAAAAGCAUAAUGUCUGCCAUGAGGCAGGCAGUGAGGAACGGAGCCUUGCCUGUGGUAGAGAAACUGCUGCCUGUCGUACGUCACAGCAUCUUGCCUGUCAGCAAAUACCUUGGCGGGAACUCUUUCGAUAACGUCAUUCUUGCAGACGCUGUGGAGCUCGGACACUGUGAUGUCAUAAAGAUCCUGAUCAAUGGUGGUGGAAGUCCAGACGGAGUAGUGCGAGGGGAAAGUCACGUGAACAGAGCUAUCCGGAGUCAGAAACAGGAAGCACUGAAGAUUUUGCUUGACCUUGGUGCCAACAUCUCUACUUCCGCUGCUCAAGGCGCGGGGAAAUCAGCACUGCAUCGAGCUGCAGCACACGGUACGGGGGCCAUAGUGUGCUGCCUACUUGACUUCGGAGCCGACAUCGAGGAAAGAGAUCGCGUCCAUGGCAACACACCCCUCCACGACGCAUGCGCGUACUGCAACGGAGACGCCGCUUUGGCGCUUUUCAAGCGAGGGGCGGAGUUUAACGCUGUCAAUCAGAUGGGUAAAACGCCGCUUGCUAAACUACUCGAAACUGUUACGAGGGCGGAUGAUUUUACAAACAGAUCUCGACUUGACUUGGCCGAGGAGCUAGUCCGACUCGGAUUUGCUAUCCCCGUGAACACAACGACUAAAACUUUGACUGUAGGUACAGCGAAUACAACAGCUAGACGUGGUGGUCAUGUCAAGGGCCGGACUCUGAGGUCGAGACAGACUGCUGUACUGGGUGAGAAGAUCGAGUGUCACGGACUCCUAGAGAAAUCUAUUUAUAACAAUAAUGGUGACUCGAACACAAAAAGCCCACGCGAUACUGAUACUACAAAGAAUGACACCCCAAACAACUGUGGCUCGAAAAGAAAACAGUCCUGGAGGAAAGGGGCGGCGUCAUAUACAACUUCCGUUUCUGGUUCUACGCAGUUAACAGAAUUCAGUCAACAAGGGGAAAUCAUCCCCAGUGGAUGUUCUGUCUCAGGUGAACCAAUCGCUUUCCCUACCAAAGAGAACAAACUCUACCAGCUCUAUUUGAGCAUUUUACGACAAGCAUCCUGCUCUUUGACAUUGCAAGAAAACUGUAGACUGACCAUUGUCCGGUCUAUAGAGGGACCUCUAAGACCAGCAAUAAAGGAGCUGGGGUUGCCCAAGAUUCUACAGCGAUACGUACUGCUUGGGAAUCAAGAUGAUUGUUUAUAAAUGGAAAUAAUUAAAUUUUUCUCUCCAAUUCUGAC